CAUUGGUCAGCCGUUUAGUUCAGUUUAGGCGUAGUCAUUGUACGAAUUGGUCAUUCGAAAUGGUCAAAUUUAUAGAAACUCUAAAGGAUAAAAUCACAGCGGAACAUGUGGCCAUAUUCUUUGGCCUGCUGUCCACCUGUCUGAUCGUCGCCCUGGUCACUGUUGUGGUGCACAGCGACAAUCUGCGGAUCGAGCUAGCCGAUGCAAGAGAGAAACUUGAUGUUUUGGAGGAUUACAUACAGAACAAAGACCUGUCUAGUUUAAAAAAUCAGUUUCCAACGCAUUUACGCAGUGAAUUUUAGUUCCUAAAGAGCCUUUAACUAAAUAUGCCCAAUAAAUAAAAAACGUCUCGGCAUACAUGUAUAUUUCAGAUAUUAUUUUAGCUAGUUCAGUUCAGCUACUUUCAACGAUAGCUGACCAAUGAUUAAGUUCUUUAUCGCAAACCUUAUCAUAAUUAACGCGUUUCUUGUUAUCAACCAUGGAUAUUGACCAAAUA